AUGCUCAUAUCAACAUCACGACGAGAUGACUCAUAUUGCAAACUAAAAAACUCUAUUAAGCACAACCUUGUUCCAACUGCUGUUGAUGUGGCAGCUGUUAGAGUUGAAUCACCACCUGGACGUGUUAUCAGUACUGUAGAGCGAGAAGCUCAUGCGUGUAAUACAACUUGUGUUAUUAAGGACGCGAAUGAUCAAUGUACGUUGACUAUCAUGAGGCCAUGUUGUAUUUGCAAUGGAAAUUACUCUUGUGAUUGCAAAAAUCGAUUCAUUUUUCGUAAAGCCGAUCGAUCAUCGGAAACCGAAGCGAUUAAAAAGCAAUAUGUUGGAAGUGUGCAUAUAACAGCAGCAAAUCCAUUUGUAUUUCCAUUGAAUUUUUCAAUGAAUCUUGAUGUUCGAAUGAAAGCUCUCGUACUUGACACUCUAUUCCUACUUGCAGUUACGAGUAUAAAACACUUCUAA